AAUCACAGGUCAAAGUCUCUUCCACGAAACACUAUCAACACUGUCUGUUUGUGCUGUUCGGUCUUUUCACCAAAACCCUUCGAUACUUUUCCUCUCACCUUCUACUCGGGCUCUUCAGAUCGUCUGAGACCCUCGGCCGCAUCAUGUUGUCUCGUGUUCUGGUGCUGUUCCUGGUGUGUGUCUCCACAGGCCUGGCUGCCACGCUCAUCCAGGCUGCUGUGGAUUCACCAGAUGACGGGUCUGUUUUGCCUGAAACGCAGGCAGACGGGAGCCCAAAUGAAGACCGUGCUGGGGAGUUUCAGUCAGAAGACGUUAUUAAGGGAGGUGAAAAACCAGCAGAGACCCAAAGUGCAACCGAGGAGUCUGAGGACGAUUCAUACUGGGGACUCAACUCCAUCAGAGACAGCUUUCAGUCGGUGAAUGGAUACUUUGACUCUGUACUGGAGCUGAUGGGAGGUCGGGAUGGUGUGUGUCAGUACCGCUGUAGAUACGGUAAAGCUCCUCAGCCUCGUCCUGGCUAUCAGAUGCCUGAACCUGAUGGCUGUAGCACCACACUGCUUGGCUUCCAGGUACCGGACAGUUUUGAUGUGGGUGUUCCAGCCAUGACCAAAUGCUGUAACCAGUUGGACGUUUGCUAUGACACCUGUGGAUCGAACAAGUACCGCUGUGACACCAAGUUCCGCUGGUGUCUCCACAGCAUCUGUGGCGAUCUCAAGAAGAGUCUGGGCUUAAUGUCAAAGGUUGAAGCAUGUGAGACGUUUGCGGACACCAUGUAUAACACUAUAUGGACUCUGGGCUGCAGGCCCUUCAUGAACAGCCAGAGGGCAGCAUGUUAUUGUGAAGGAGACGAGAAGGAUGAACUGUAAACACCUGCACAAAAACACAUCAUCAUCAACACCUGUUCACACAACAUCACAGCAGGCAUCAGUAUUAACAUGAAUACACUUCCAGUUCAUAUUUCAAUACAACAUCUCUCUUUUCUCACACACACUUUUUCCUUUGCAUAAGAUAAAUUAAGGCUAUUUUAGGACCAUUCGGACAAUUUGUAAGGUGUGGUUUUGAUGACAAUUAAGUAUAUUUUAACAUAAUAGUUGUCAUUAUAUUCACAUUAAUGUAAUGCGGUUAUUUUUACGGUAUAUUUUUCUUCAUCACCAUCAAGUACAAGUCCAAAAUAAAUGCAUUACACAACAACAAAUUCAAUAAUAUAUCAAUAUAUUGUUGUGAAAAUGAUGCCACAGUGCUGGUUUGUUAAUUGAAUUUUGUUCAACAAAAUUAUAAUUUCUAUUAUUCGUUUUUCUUCUUUUGACUUGUGCCUUGUCAAAAGGGAACACUUGAACUAGUCCUGGUGGAUUAGAGAAAACUAAAGAACUUAAGUUAAUAUUGUAUGUAUGAAAGUGUCUGUCAGACAUACAGUAUUUGCAUUGUGUUUAGUUUCUACCUAUGAGAGGACAAAAUAUCCAUCAUUAUUCCCAGUCCAGGUUACAUGAACAUGGGUGCCAAAAAGUUUGCUGUUGUCAUGAUUUUUGCAUCGAGAUAAGUUUUCCUUUUUUUUCAAAUAUGUAUUCUUAAGAUAAUAAUAACUUUCUUAUACCCAUAAAUACAAAAAGUUGUUUUGGUUUUUAAUAAUUAAACCUAAAAUUUAUAUUUUACCUGACUGAACGUUAAUAAUAAAAAUGUUUACUAGACUGUGAAAGGCAAUAAAUGGCAAUUUUUAUCA